AUGGCGCAACAACCUGCCGGCAAUGGCCUGUCGUAUACUAUCGUCCCAUUCAACGAUAUCAACAAGCUCCCGGCUUGUGCCAAUGCUUGUGGCCCUCUCUGGGAUGCCAACGGCGCUUGUGUGCCUCCAGCCAUACCUGCUGCUGAUGCAGGUACAUAUGAAUCAUGCUUUUGUGCCGACUCAAGAGUUGCACCAUUUUCCACAGGCGGCGGCGCCAAUGUCUGCCCGAAUGCUUGCCCAGGUAACCCCCAGGGCAUCAGUUCCAUUGGCAACUGGUUCACCAGCUUCUGUAAUGGAAAGGCCCCUAAAAAUACCCCCAAGACAACAGGAACGAGUACAGCUACGGAAACGAAUACCGCAGGCUCCUCAGGUAGCAACAUUGGUGGCAGCAACAGUGGAAACGGCGGAGACUGGCUGUCCAACCACUGGCAAUGGGUGAUAAUGCUUGUCAUUCUCGUCGUUGGCAUUGCCGGUAUUUGGAUUGGCGCAUGCAUCUGGCGCCGUCGAUAUUUGCGAAAGAAGGACCGGCAAACUUCACUCGGCCAGAAGCACUCAGGGUCUGCUUCUCGUCCGUCAUGGGGACCUGCCGUUACUGGUACUGAGACUGCGACCCCUAUGGCACACAAUGCUGGAGGUGACCCUGAGCGAGUGGUUGCCACUGAAAAGGCAGGAAAAACUAAAUCUAAGAAGAAGUGGACUGUUACUCAGCGCACUUAG